AUGUUAAUUUUGUUUCCUCGAGAGUCGUACAGAGAUUCCGUUGCAAAAUCCAUCCGAGAGAAUUUCAACCGUCAAAAAUUGGCACAAGGUCAGGAAACUGUAAUUUAUUACGGAAAUGAUCGUCCUCAAUAUCGCCCUCAACCAUUCGUUGCUCGUCGAAUCUUGGAUCGACCUUUGGAGGAUGCAAUUCCACGAAUUCGUGUUCCAAUCGCUGUUAAACGUCGUCCUCUUAUUCAAUUAACGACGACGACAACAACCGAAGCACCCGUUUAUCAAGAAGAAAUCCAAAACACGGAUUACGAAGCUGAAGAAGAAAUUACAACAACAACAACUACUACUGAAGCGCCUCAAGCUCCAAGACGUCAAUUGCAGUCUCGUGUGAAUUUCGAACAAACUCCCGUUCGACGUGUCUUGAAGAACCCCCAUACGCCAAUUAUUCCCGAUACGCCGCAAGUUCUCAGCAACAACCUCGAAAAUCGACGUCGUUACUUCGAUGACGAAGAAGAAGAUCAAGCACGUUCCGCCCAUUAUCAGUUCUCGUCGUCCGUGCAAGACACCAUCAACGACAACUCCAUGACACGUAGCGAGACACGUGAAGGCACCGCACUCACUGGCAUGUUUUCGUACAGCGACGGGUUCUUCCGACGCACCGUUCAUUAUCGUGCCGACGAAAACGGAUAUCGGGUCACCAAGGAAGAAAUUCAGCCAAUAAAUAAUGGCGAUGGACCGCAAUACAAUCCAGAAGGAAAAGCUGAUGUUACGUCUUCGUUAGCGGGAAGUUAUAGUAUCACAGCUGAUGAUAUUAGAAAGCCUUUGAGAGAGGAGAAACAGCGAAGACGCUUGUAAAUUUACAACCAACUUGUUUUUGUUUUGACUUGCCAGUUUGAAUAAUAAAUAUUUUUUCCCCGUUUUUAAUUGGAUAAUUUUUAACGUUCUGAAAGUUGUUUUGUGAGAA